AAUCAUGUUGUUGUGAUCAUGAUCUUGGUGAGCUGGGGGGUUUCUGCUGUGAUUGGAAUCGGCUUCAUUAUUGUAGGAAUAAACCAAGAAAUAUGUGCUGGACCAUGUUUAAUCGCUUCUUUAAUGGCAAACAUUUUGGGACUUAUUUUCUCAUUUUACCUCCCAGCGAUUGUAAUGCUGUUUAUCUACCUGAAGAUUUUCCUUGUGGCACAGAGACAGGCACGCAGCAUCCAGAACACAACCCGUCAGAGAACAAAGUGUGGAGCCACUGUCAGUAAGAUGGAGAGAAAGGCCACCAAAACUCUGGCUAUUGUGAUGGGAAUUUUUUUGCUGUCUUGGCUUCCUUUCUUUCUUUGUACUACCGUUCUUUCUUUCAGUCAUGUUUACGUGCCGCUUCCUUUGAUUGAAUUACUUAAUUGGCUUGCACUGUCAAAUUCUAUGCUCAAUCCCUUUAUUUAUGCUUUGUUUUACAGCUGGUUUAGAUCAGCUUUCAGAAUGAUAAUUUCUGGAAAAAUAAUUCAGGGUGAUUUUACAAACUCAAAACUGCUCUAA